AUGGUGCAGCUAAGGGUAUCCAAUAGGGAAAUUCAAGGCAUUUUACAGAAAAUUGUUAAGCCAAAUAGGAAGGAUUGGAGUCUUAGAUUAGAUAAAGAUUUAUGGGCUUAUAGGACAGCUUAUAAAACUCCAAUUGGCAUGUCCCCAUUUAGGAUAAUCUAUGAAAAAGCUUGCCAUUUACCUAUUGAAAUUGAAUAUAAGGCUUAUUGGGCAGUAAAAACUUGUAAUUUAGACUUACGAGUUACAGCUGAAGAGAGAAAACUACAAAUUCAGGAACUAGAAGAGCUGCGUUUAGAAGCUUAUGAGAGUUCUCGUUUGUAUAAAGAAAGAACUAGAAUUUUACAAGACAAGGGGAUUUUGAGAAAGGUUUUUCAGGAAGGGGAUAAGGUACUUCUCUACAAGGCAAGAUUUACUUUCAAACAAGGGAAACUCUAUACGAGAUGGGAUGGACCAUUUGUGGUGCUCAAAGCUCAUAAUUUUGGAAUGAUAGAGAUCCUGGAUAAGCAGACUAGACAUGUUCACAAGAAUUUAAGUGUGGGGGAAUAA